AUGACCAAGCUUUUUCAACCACUCAAAGUCGGAACUAUGUCUUUGCAGCACUGCGUGGUAAUGGCCCCUCUUACGCGCUUCCGGGCGGAUGACAAUCAUGUCCAGUUGCCCAUGGCCGUAGAGUAUUACUGCCAGCGAGCAUCCGUUCCCGGUACCCUUCUCAUCGCGGAAGCAUCGCUCAUAUCCGCUACCCAUGGCGGGUUUCCCAAUGCACUUGGAGUGUGGGAUUAUGCCCAGAUUGCGGGCUGGAAAAAGGUGGUCGACGCAGUCCACGCACGUGGAUGCUACAUCGUCUGCCAAUUGUUUGCCCCAGGUCGUGCUGCAGACGCGACUACUUUGCAGAAGGAAGGGGGCUACGAUGUUUUAUCAUCUAGCCCGAUCCCAUUGACAGACGUUUCUCCGGUUCCCAAGGCAAUGUCAGAGGAUCAAAUCCAAGGUGCUAUUACAGACUACGCCAAUGCAGCCAAGAACGCCAUUCGCGCGGGCUUUGAUGGCGUUGAAGUCCAUGGCGCCAAUGGAUACUUGGUUGAUCAAUUCCUUCAAGAUACUUGCAAUAGGCGAACAGACAGAUGGGGUGGUAGCAUUCAAAACCGGGCACGAUUUGGAAUCGAAGUUGCCACAGCUAUUGUGAACGCUAUCGGUGCGGAUGAGCUCGGAUAUGGAAUCAGCCCUUGGAGCAGCUUCCAGAGGAUGAGAAUGGCGGAUCCAGUCCCUCAAUUCUCUUAUCUGAUUGAGGCGCUGAAGGAUCUCAAGCUCGGAUAUCUUCAUGUUAUUGAAUCUCGGGUCAACAACAACGUGAGUGUUGAAAAGGCGGAGGGUAUCGAGUUUGCAUUGGAUAUCUGGGGCCAUACAUCGCCCGUUUUGGUGGCUGGUGGGUUUGAUGCGAAUUCCGCAAAAAGUGCAGUUGACAGUGAAUAUCGAAACAACGAUGUCGCAGUUGUGUUUGGGAGACACUUCCUCGCCAACGCAGAUCUACCAUUCCGCAUUCAGCACGGUCUCGAUUUGAAUAUGUAUCACCGGCCGAGCUUCUUCACACCAAUGACUCGCACUGGAUACACCGAUUAUCCUUUUAGCGCCGAUUAUCUCGCCAGAAACAAUGUCUAG